GCAGCGAGCGCUGCGGUAUCUGGGGGAAGACCCUUGGCUGAGCGCCGCUUUGGGUCCCCCCUCCCCUUCUUCGUUUUGCCAUCCGCCCCUUCUUCUUCCUUCCCCCUCCUCUUCCUUUUUUGGGGGGUGUAUUUUGUUGUAAAGCGAGGAGAGGCAACCGGUUUGGAGGUGUCGGGGAGGAUGGUGAAGAUGAUGAUGUGGAAGAGAUGGAGAUGAAGCAGAAUAUGCGGAUCCGGGGACUCCUGUUGCUGCUGCCACCACUAUGGGCUGUGCUUCUCCGGGACAUCGCGGCUGUAACAGAGAAGGGAGGUUGCUUUCUUCUAGGCACAAAAGGUACUGGAAUGCCAAUCAAACUGAAGGUGUCCCAGGGGCAGCCUGUGAAACUGAACUGCAGCCUCGAAGGAAUGGAAGACCCAGAAAUGCUGUGGAUCAAGGAUGGAGCUGUGGUCCAGAGUGUAGACCAGGUGUACAUCCCAGUAGAUGAAGAGCACUGGAUUGGUUUCCUCAGCUUGAAAUCUGUAGAGCGAACAGACUCGGGAAACUACUGGUGCCAGAUUGAGACCAAGGGCAAGAAGAAGGAAUCACAGCAAGUGUGGCUUAUUGUGGAAGGUGUUCCAUACUUCACUAUUGAGCCUGAAGAUCUGUCUGUAGUCCCUAAUACUCCCUUUCAUAUGGCCUGUGCUGCAGUUGGUCCACCUGAGCCAGUUACAAUUGUAUGGUGGAUGGGGGAUUCCAGAGUUGGGCUUCCUGAAAUCUCCCCCUCAGUCCUCAAUGUGUCAGGUAUUAAUCAAAGCACAGUUUUCUCUUGUGAAGCCCACAACAUAAAGGGACUGUCUUCAUCUCGGACAGCCACUGUGCAAAUUAAAGCUGUCCCCUUUCCACCUCUCAACGUGACGGUAACCCAGAUCACCAGCAACAAUGCCAGUGUCACUUGGGUGCCCGGAUUCGAUGGCCUUUCCCCACUUCGUUCUUGUACCAUUCAGGUGGCUAAUUCACAACAAGAAGAAGAGGUUUCCAUAGAAGUGGUUCCUGUCCCAUCCUUUACCUGUGGUUUACCUGGAUUAAAGCACUCCACCAAUUAUAGUGCCCGGGUCCAAUGUACAAACGAACUAGGGAGCUCAUCUUUUACAAACUGGGUCUAUUUUCAGACCUUGGGUUUAGCUCCAAAUAGUACACCACAAAAUGUGCAUGUUAUCCAGAGAGAUUAUUGCCUGAUUUUGGAAUGGGAAACAGUGGCUCCAGAAAUGCUUGGAGAUGAUACCAAGGGGUACAAGUUGGAAUGGAUUCAAGAUAACAUAACUCAGGGGGAGAUGGUAGUGCAGGAGACAACAGCUAACCUAACUAUGUGGAAUCCCCUAAAAGAUCUUAUCAUAAGAGUGUGCAUGCUCAACCUGGCUGGUUGUGGACCUUGGAGUGAGCCCUUACUGGUUACAGCCCAAGAUUUAAUAGGAGGACAGAGACAGGCCCGCUAUGGCACAUCCUGGGUCCCGGUGGUUCUAGGAAUUCUUACUGCACUCGUUACAGCUGUUGCCUUGGCACUAAUCCUCCUACGGAAAAGAAGAAAAGAAACUCGUUUCGGUCAUGCUUUUGGCAGCGUGGUGGGAGGGGAUCCUGUGGUCCACUUCAGAGCAGUGAGAUCUUUCAACAGAGAAGGCCCUGAGCUUAUUGAAGCAACAUUGGAUAGUAUAGGAAUCAGUGAUGACUUGAAGACCAAACUGAAGGAUGUCCUGAUCCAGGAGCAGCAGUUUACUUUGGGGAGAAUGCUAGGCAAAGGGGAGUUUGGGUCCGUAAGAGAGGGUCAGCUGAAACUGCCUGAUGGCUCUCUCCAGAAGGUUGCGGUGAAAAUGCUGAAAGCGGACAUAUUCACUUCAAGUGACAUUGAGGAAUUUCUGAAGGAAGCUGCCUGCAUGAAGGAGUUUAACCAUCCCCAUGUGACUAAACUGAUUGGAGUCAGCUUGCGCAAUCGGCCCAAAGGCCGGCUUCCCAUCCCAAUGGUUAUCCUGCCCUUCAUGAAGCAUGGAGACCUUCACUCUUUUCUACUGAUGUCCCGAAUUGGAGAUAAUCCUUUUAACCUGCCUCUUCAGACUCUUUUAAAGUUCAUGAUCGAUAUUGCCAGUGGCAUGGAGUACCUGAGCUCCAAAAACUUCAUUCACAGAGACUUAGCUGCUCGAAACUGCAUGCUGGAUGAAAACAUGAACGUGUGUGUUGCUGAUUUCGGCCUCUCGAAGAAGAUCUACAGUGGAGACUAUUACCGUCAGGGCUGUGCCUCUAAGCUUCCAGUGAAGUGGCUUGCACUGGAAAGCCUGGCGGACAAUCUCUACACAACACACAGCGAUGUGUGGGCAUUUGGUGUGACUAUGUGGGAAAUUGUGACUCGAGGGCAAACUCCUUAUGCAGGCAUUGAGAAUGCAGAAAUUUACAACUACCUCAUCAGUGGAAACAGACUGAAACAACCACCAGUGUGCCUGGAAGAUGUCUACGAUCUCAUGUGCAGAUGCUGGCAUUCGGAACCCAAGCUACGCCCAAGCUUUGGAGCCCUGAAAUUGCAACUGGAAAUGAUCCUGGCCAGACUGACACUGCUCUCUUCCAGUCAGGAUCCUCUGUACGUCAACAUCAGGAAGCCACAUGAAGCUUCUAGGAAUAACCCCACAACUGACUGUCCCUUUGGAACUUUGGACAGUGAAGUGAACACUGCAGGAGCAGCUGCUGCGGUUACUAGUGACUAUCGUUACAUCUUGAGCCCCUUGUGCCUUGGGAAUGAUGCCGAAAGAGAGGAACACCCAGAUGCAUCAGAAGGGGAGGCCAGGAGCCUUCUUUAUGAUUUGGAGAUGGGAGCAAAACCAUGUUAGUCUGAAAGGGGAAAAAAGGACAUUUUUCUCUCCUCCAAUAAGAUGUUUUUUCCUCUGUGAUCACAUGGCACUGCUUUAUACAAGACAGUUGUAGGCCACUUUGAAGCAGCGUAGGUAGCUAUCAUGUGAGCUCCUUCUGUAACUGCCUACAGCUGUUUGGUUGCUAUGGCUGAUCUUUCAAAAGGGUUGUGGGUCCUCCUGAUCACCUCUUGGCCUUCUGAUGGGAGGCUCAGCCGUGGGAGAGGCCCCAGCUAUUACAGCCAGUGAAUGCUUAUUUGCCCACAGAAUUCUCACUAAGUACUGGAGUCAAGUGGGAUGAUAGUCAGUAUUCUGCUUCUUGUAGGUCCCCCCCCCCCCGGGUUCUGGGAAAACACGACUGGGACCAGCAUAUCUGGACAUUAUUAUCUGGCAGGUAAUCAUAUGGAUUUACACUCUCCUUCAGGGCAUGAGGGGGGGAAGCCUCCUUUAGCAGUACUGCCUAGACCUCUUGUCUACCUCAGUGGUUCUCAACCAAUGGGAUCUAUAUGGCUGCUUCUGUGCAGUGAAGAAACAUUCUGCCCUUUUCUUACAGUGGUGUUCUGUGGACAGGCAUAGGCAUCCCUCAAGCCUUACUAAGCAGCUGAACAACAAAAUUCCAGCCCCACACUCCACAGGGCCUGCGUAUUGACUUUCUGUACUUUAGCUUUGACAUAGAAUCAGUUAUGAUCAAGGUUGCCAUUGAGAGCAAAACUAAGAGGGUGAUAAAUGCAGAUGGACAUGAACCAAGAUUCAAACAUUUUAAGAGAACAGUGUAGACAAAGCUGGCACUGUGUGGAAUCAAUUGAUACUAAAUCAUGCAAAGAGAGGAAAAGCAAAAUGCAUAUACAAAGCAGAGGUCUAUAGUGAGUGUAGGAGGCAGUGCUUUAAUGAAAAACAGAAUUUCUUUUUCCUUUCUUUUUGAGGGGGUCUAUCCUGCUGCCUAAAUUUUUCCUUAUAAACAAACAGUACCUUAUAGGAGGGAAAUUGGUAAACUGACACCAUGAGAAAAAUGCCACAGGUGUCUUCUGUGUGAAGAAAGGGUUUGAGAAUCGCUGGAUUACCUGAUUCGAGGCUCUUCUGUCAUUCUACACAAGUUCAGCUGCUUUAAAACAUAGCUUCGCCUAUUUGGGGCAACAUUCCAGAGGGAUAUACUCAAGUUUUUUAAGGUCUCGUUUUUCAAUUAGCCCAUAUGAUUAAUUGCAAAGGAGAAUAACACAUACUCUUUUUUUAAAAAAAGAUGAAUACAUGUGGAAAUCAAUAUUUUUUGUACAGCUGUUCCUAACAUAGAAUAUGACACCUUAUCAAGGCUGCCUGAAUUUUUUGCAUACUCAAAUUCUUCUUUCCUGUUUGAAGGACUCCCUGAUGCCAUGAUACUCAGCAUGCAACAGAAUCACAUCAGAUGUGAUGCCAGUGAAGUUAGAUACUUGUCUGUCGAACUGAUUUCCAAGAGAGUACAAAUGCUUCACGCUGUUCCAUUGAAAUCUACAGAACUUAAAAUGCUUGAUUUUGGCUCAAACAUCCCCAAUUGUUUGCAGGUGGGCAGAUCCUUCAGAAGCUGUCUGCACCACCAAAUUGCACAGACAGUUAAAAAAAACACUGACAGAACGUCUUGUUAUUCAUGCUUACUUGUUAGAUAUCUAGUUCAACACUUACUGAGUAGCCAUUUCUUCCUGUCACUUGUAGAAAUAGGUAACCUAAAAUUAUUGAAGCUGAAGUCACCAAUCAAGUCCUCUUGAGGGACAGCAAGAGGCCCCUUCUACAAAUCACUUAACCCUAUCAUGUCUUAAUCUUUCUUGUUCACAUAAAUAGGAUGAUUGAAGAUAGUGACAAGUGGUCAUUUAUAUCUUUUACAUUUACUCUGCCAGAGAAUGUAAUUCAUAUAAAUAAAAACCAUCCUUCACCAUCAUUAAGAAAUAGAAGGGGGGGGGGUGCAGUGUAUGCACUGUUCUCAGUUACUCUCCUUCCAUUCUAUGGAACAAAGUAAAUUCACUGUCCUGAGCACGACUAUACGUUGGGGGAACCUGUGCACCCUACAAAUAAUGGGGCACAUCAUCAGGGAGAGAUUUAUACAUACACACAUCCCAACUGUUAUCAGUGACUUCCCUUUACUUUCUGCCAUGUAAAGAUGUAUUUUUCAUUCAAACUUGUGAACUAAGUGUUCACUUUGCCCUUACUACCACAUACCAUAGUGCAAUUCAAAACAUUUACUCCCUUUUAAGCCCAUUGACUUAAAUAGAUUUAGAAAGGUAUAACUCUGUUUAGGAUUGUACAGAUAACACUACACAAUCCUAAAUACACUUACUAGGGAAUAAAUCCCAUUGAACUCAAUGAGCUUUACUUCUGAGUAUGCAGGCUUGGGAUUGCCCUGAAAGCAAUCAUUAAGGGCCAAAGUAGACAUGAUGGCACCCGUUUGUUUAUUCACAUGUUUGUCCCAUUAAUUAAGGGGGAGAUGGGUUUUAAUUUUUUAAAACAACAGUAGAUACAUGUAGCAAAGCAGAGGGGGUCCCUCGUCUGCCUUAUCUCACUAGGCAUUUGCUCUAGGCAUUUUUCUUCCCAACCCAGCACUGAUACUAUAAGUGACACAGGCCAGGGGAGAAAUGCUUGAAAUGACAGAGCAGAGGUAAGUCAGGUUAGGGAGAGUUCAGCUCUGCUUAACAUUAAAAAAAAUUAGAUACAUGCACCACUCAGAGUCCACAUGUGAACAAUCAAAAUGACUUUCCCCUCUCAGAGUGACUGCCUCCUAAGGUCCCCUGGGGAGGGUUGCAGGGAAGAGGGACAAUGUACUGCAUUGUUUACUGGAUCUUGUAAUAGACGAGCACAUUCUUCCCUUCUUCGGCUGCUUUUACAAGAGGAUGUGAAAAGAUGCCCCUGCUGUGGAAGCAGCCAUGAGUAGGGUGGAAGUAUACAAGGACAGCAGCUGCAUCCCCUGUCCCAGCACUAUUUGCUGCUGUCCCCCUACAACCCCUGCAUCUCUCUUGUUUUGGUACAGAAAUGCCAAUGAUUGUUCCAGCCCCCAUGAGCUGGCAUCCCCCCCCCCAUCACAGCUGAGAGGUUGUGCUCAAAGUGCUGCAUCUCAGCUGAAGGGGGGAAAGCCUUUGGUGUGUGUGUGUGGAGUUUAACUCCAUUUUGAAUGCAGUGCUUCGCUCUUCCUUUCCCAGGACUGGCUGCAGGAGAGCAUCCACGUAGAUGUUUUGCCCACAUCCACCCUGUAGUUCCCCUCGAAGACAUAGUAAAGGAUUUUUGUUUUGCACUAACUCAAAGGGGAGAAGUAUGGGAGCCCCAUGAGUCAUGUCAGCAUAAUACUCUGAGAACCUUACAUAAAUUUACAUUGAGAAACUGGGAGGGGGAGAAAUCCUCAUUUUAGUUUUACGUAUGUUAACUAUGAGAACUGGACAGGAAGGAGUGGCUAAUGUUAGCUAUUUUGCAUUACGUUAUUGUGAAAUAAGCCUGAAAUAUUACAAGUGUCACAAGCAUUGAUUAAUCCAUCAUAAAAUAGCAUGUGCUCUAAAAACAGGUCAUUAUUUGUGCAAACAUCAUCCACGGUAUUCAUUUAUUGCCUGUUGUAUUUGGUUGUGCAUACCAGUUUCCCAUAAUUGCAAUGGCAUGUUACCAAAACUAAUGAUUGGCAUGGGGAUGAUAAAACUGCUGAGCUACUAACAUUAUAACGGUGAUUAAAAAUGGUUGUGUAUGGUCAAUUUUGAGACAUCCACACUAGAUAUUCUUGACUGAAGUGGUAGACUUAGGACCAAACAGUAGUGUUCAAAAUAAUUAUCCUCUGGGCUAUUGUGAGAAAAUCCCAAGGUUUAAAUUUCAUUUUUCAAUCUGAAUCCAGAUUUGAAAUGACUAUUCUACCAUUGGCUGAAUUUGAGAUUUUGAAAGACACUAAUCUGGUUGAAUUAAACCACUUGAAGUAAGCAUUCUACAGAAGCCUUUCUGAUGGCCCAUGCAAUAAUUCAACGUGAGUGUAGACAGAACUUUAUUGGAUGUUAGGCAGUGUCCUUCCCCAUUUAUUAAGGUUGUUUACAAGAGACACAGGAGAGGGGUGAGAGCAUAACUCUUAAUAAAGAAUGCCAUCUUCUCACCUGAUAGAAUGAAGAAGGCCAUCUUCUCAAAACUGCAGUAUGAGACAUGAAGUCAAAUAGCCCAGUACUAUGCCUUUUUACUUGGAAUCAAAUUUUACAUCAGUUCAAUCGGAUUUAUUCUCAAGUAAAUCUGCAUAGGAUUGCAGUUUAAGUUUCCUACAGCAGCCACUUAGCAAGAAGAGCAACUGUACAUAUAAAAUCUAAUUUUCUGAAGCAUGUCAUUUAGUUUUUAUGCUUUUAUAAAAUAAAAUAUGUACUGU